CGAGCCGUGAUUGGCUGUUACCUGAGCAACUGUGAUGUCAUUUUCAAUCCAAAGAAAGUGGUAAAAAGGCCGCCCGCUAAAAUGGGUGUCUUUUUCUGCUUAAUUAAUAUUCCACAAACGCAAUAUGAACCAGAAUGCCGUGUUUAGACUAGCGGGGCCAUAACUUGACUUUCCUUUUAAACUUUACAACAUUGCUACAUCAUAGGAAAUAUGUUGUUUCUCCAUGUAAAGCGCAAACAUGAACCCCAUGACAAUCACAAUGUCCCAGCAGUGCAGCGUUUUACAAUUAAAGUGUUUGUAUUUUGGACGCCUUGCAGGAAGGAAGUGCUACUUUUGACAUUUAAAGUCAGUUCAACUGAGCCCGGGCCUAAAGCAAGAGAAAUACUGUUUCUGUAGUGCUCAAAGACAAACUGUUCUGGUAACAGUGGGAGUACUUGUAAGGUGGAGAGGGGGAGGAGGGGCGCAUCAAGAUAAAAGACUGACUCUUUUGUAACCUUUGCCGUAAUGUUGUCUGCACUGCUUUGAAGUUAGAUAAUGACCACUGAAUGCAGAAUGUAGGGAUUUAGUGAUUCACAAGACAUGGCAGAUGUGGACCAAACAACAACAUACAAUUGGAAAGCAUUGCAGGUUUUUAUCUGGUGUGCCGAUUGCUGGCGUGACAAAGUAUCGGGGGGGAGUGGAUUUGUUAUCAGGAGCUUUUCCACGAUUCGGUCAAAGUGCACAGCGCAUGGUGUGAUUUUGGCCGCACUGCUUCAUGAACAUCCUUUCAAAAAGACGACGAAAGCAGUUAGCAGCCCACAGGUUGUCAACAUGUCGACGCCCAAAACUCGAAAUAAGGACUUUAUAGAGGCCUUGAGUGUUCUGCAAUGGGUACUGACCUUUCUCUUCUUGGGGGUGACUUGCAUCAUCUUGAUGGUGGGUCUGAUGUUUACACCACUGUGGCUGCUUCCCACUCUAUACUUCAUAUGGCUUGUGAUUGACUGGCAGACGCCUGAGAAAGGUGGCAGGAGAAAUCCAUCUGUGAGGAGGUGGAAAGUUUGGGAACACUACAGAAACUAUUUUCCUAUCAAGCUGGUGAAGACGGCCGAGCUGAAUCCAAACAAAAACUACAUCCUCGGCUGUCACCCGCACGGCAUAAUGAGCAUCGGAGCCUUUGGCUGCUUCAACAUCGAGUGCUGCGGCUUCUCAGAGGCUUUCCCAGGGAUGUACGUCUCCCUAGCCAUAUUGGCCGGACUCUUUAAGAUCCCACUCUUUCGGGAUUACAUCAUGGCUGCAGGCCUGUGUCCCGUCAGCAAGGCAAGCCUCGGCCACCUUCUGUCCAAGAGUGGCACAGGAAAUGCGGUGGUGAUUGUGAUAGGGGGCGCUGCAGAGUCUCUGGCCUCCCAUCCUGGAGUACAGACAGUUCUUGUGAAGCAGAGAAAAGGCUUUGUCAGACUAGCGCUUGAAUAUGGGGCUGACUUGGUGCCCGUUUACUCCUUCGGGGAAACGGAGCUCUUUCAGCAGGUCACAUUCGCAGAAGGUUCACUGGGUCGAAGGUUUCAGGACCUGUUCAAAAAGAUCAUGGGGUUCGCCCCCUGUCUGUUCAUUGGUGAGCGCUGGGCAUUGCUGCCUUCCAGGACUCCCAUCACCACAGUAGUGGGAAGUCCCAUCCCCGUACCCCAGCGCAUCACACCCACCGAGGAGGAGGUCGACUACUAUCAUAAACUCUACAUGGACGCCCUGUCGAGUUUAUUUCAUGAGCACAAGGUCAGCUGUGGACUAUCGGAGAGUCACAAGCUUUGUUUGAUUUAGAUGUUUUAACUUCCUCGUGACCCUCUCCAAUGGACUACACCACGUGAGUGUGUUUGAAAUGAAACAAUGAUAAUCCCUUCAACAGUACUGCUGAAAAAUGUGAGAAUUGAACAUGAACAUGUCAGGCGGGGCCAAAAUGUAAGUCAGUGUCAUUUUAAACAUGGGGCAACAAGGAGUCGAACUUAAAUGUUGGCUGAAUGACGUCGAUACAUUAACUGUGUUUAUAAAGGUGUGUGAUUUGAAGACAAUGAUGUCUUUCUUUCUUGUAACAAGUUUAUAUGGCUAAUAAGUAUUCAAUUGAAGAAUAAUACAGGUUACAAUCGCUGUUUUUUUUGUUUUGUUUUUAAUGAAGGCCUACAAGGAGUGUGUGACACAACCAAGUGCAAUCCAUUUCACUAUAAACAUUUCUCAUGACUGGAACAGAAGACACGGCUGUAGUUCACAUUUUACCCAGUAGAGGGCAUCCGUUCACCACCACUACAGCUGUUUGUGAGUGUCAGGGUGUUCGCCAAUCAGAUCGACUGGAUAUGAAAACAUCUUGACAAUACAACACAGUAUCUUAUUAAAAAGAAGCGUUCCAACA